GCGCAAGCCUUGCACGGAGAAAUGCGCGCGGUGUAAUAAAUGCGACGCAUAUGAGUCUCAACGUGGUGGCCAGUAAAAUUCUGCGUUGGAAUAUCGUUGGGAUAAAUAAUUUACGCACGCAGUUUAUAAUCUGUACGAAAUGUAGUGUAAGUGUGUAUAACGAUCGAUCAAUUAUAACGAUGAAGGAGGAAACUUCCGAAAAAUCUUCAUCUGUUCCAAUACAGAUUGAAAGCGAUAGUGACCAAAUGGAUACUCCCGGAGGAUUUUUGGCAAAUAGCUGCAGGAGAGGUCGUCGAGGAAUAUGUGUACCUGUCGUGGUUUUUGGGGCGAUAAUCGCCUGCGUUUUGCUGGCAUUUACCGCUUUCGCAUCGCCGACUCAUACUUCAGGAAAUCUGCAACAAGUGCUUAUAGUAUUUCGACACGGUGACAAGAACCCAGCUCAAACGUAUCCGAACGAUCCAUAUUCCAAAUACGAGUGGCCAGACGGUUGGGGUGCAUUGACCAAGAAAGGAAUGCUUCAGCUUUAUACACUGGGGCAGCGGUUGCGCGAAAUGUAUAGAUCAUUCAUCGGAGAUAAGUAUCAGAGCAAGGAUCUUCUGGUGCACAGCAGUUACGCGGACAGAUGCAUCAUGUCGGCGCAGGCGCUUUUGGCCGCGCUUUACCAACCAGGAACCGAGGAUAUGUUCAUACCGGGACUUGCAUGGCGUCCGAUUCCCGUCCACACCAUACCAAGGAACAUAGACAAGUUGAUCGUGGCUAAAGCACCUUGUCCACGGCUAGAGAGAGAGCUGCAACAGGCCUACUCGAAUUUCAGUGCCAGCGCCAACGGCUCGUUGGACACCAUGUACAGGGAACUGUCAGACUACACUGGGAAAAAGAUAGCUUCAGUCCUAGACGUUGAGUUGUUGUACAACUUACUGGAGAUCGAGGUGCUCAACAAUCUGAAGCUUCCGGAGUGGGCGAAAAACUACUUCAACAAUCGGACUAGAGAGCUUGCUGCGCAAAGUCUGGCCUUGUUCACCAGCAAUGUGAUGCAGAGACGACUCAGAGGCGGUGAGUAUAGUGGAAGAUCAGGAGCUGCAGCGGACCUAAAUCGCAUGGUCGUUCAUACAGGUCCACUUCUGAAGGACAUCUUGACGAACAUGUGGACGCGACGUAACGGCACCAAUGAUCAUAAAAUGUACCUCUACUCGGCUCAUGAUCUCACACUGGUCACAAUUCUUAGGACAAUGGGAUUCACCGACGAAUUAACGCGACCGGAAUACGGAGCUGCACUGAUCUUUGAGUUGUACACAACGGCUGGUGGUCAAGACCACGAAGUCAGGAUCUCGUAUUUGAACAACACUGAGACGAAGGUUCCUCGUGUCAUGAACGUGAAAGGAUGCGAGGAGCCCUGUUUGUUGGAGACUUUGUUUGGAGUGUGGGAACCAGUCUUGCCUCAGGACUGGAACAGCGAAUGCUUGACCUAAGGAAAUCAAAUAUUCAUCGAUAUGGUUACCGAAAAUAUUAGUGGGGAAGUGUUUGUACCUACAGUGCUUUCCUUUAAGAAUCGGGGAGUUUUACAAGGCACUCGAGAUACCGGCGAUAUCGUUGUAUCCCGGCGCUGAAGUACUGAUCUGAAGAGUGCAUGACUUUAUAAUUAUACUAGAAGUGUGUUAAUUCAUCAAUAUUGUAUACAAUUUGACGAUUCUAAAUUAUAUGCGAAGAUAAGAUAAUGGUAAUGUAUUCCUUUUUAACUAUUGGAUUGAUGUGCCUGAACUCGAAACGAAGCAUGCUCUUUUAUGAUAAUAGUAUUAGAACUGCAUAUCAGCGGAAGAAAAUUAUCAGAAAAUAAC